CCAGAAAGAAAAGAAAUACAAUGGUCGAUUAUACUCGGGCCUCGCAAUAUGAGUACACUAUUUAGAACCUUCUAGACCCAACCAGCCCACUGGUUUCUCUGUUUCGUCUUUUUCUUUAUCUUUCUCUGCACGAAAUCACUGUUCUUUAAAUCUCUCACCAAAUCCCUCUCCUCUACGCUGCACCGCCCCAAACCCUUUCUCCCUCACCUUCUCUCGUUCCCUAUUUUUCGGAGUAUGGACACUGAGAAAGGGAAAACUGUUACUUCAUGUCGAAGGAAGAAGAAUGAAGAAGCCACUUUCUUGGAGGACUUGAAGGAUCACAUUGACGAGUUUAUGCAUGCUUCUAUGGAUGAACACAAAACUUGCUUCAAGAAAACGGUUCAGAAGAUGUUUGGUAUGUCCAAGGCUGUUGCAGAAAGGAACUCAAAUGCUGCCAAGGAAGUAGAGAGCUCUCUGCCUCUGCAGACAACUUUGCAAGAUUAGUGUCAUGUUUGAUAUGGAGAAAUAAUCGUAUACUUUUUAAAAGCUCUCUGAAUGGAAGUUGAUAAAAAUAAGGGAUUGAUUUAGUUGGUUAAUAGUUAUUUUAGGUACCACUAAUAUCAUGAAAAAUACCAAGGCACCAUGUUCCAUGGCACUAUGUUGUUCAGACAUCUCACUGGGAUGUGAUUUGCUUACAUUGGUUAAUGCUACACAAUCCCUUUAUUUUGCUUUUGUA